CUGCUCUAUGAGUUAAAAAUCGGACAGAAAAAUCCCACCAAAAAACAAUAAUGGCUCAAAGUUCCCAUGUCAUGAUUCCAGUUUUUUUACUAAUCCUUCAAGCUUUUGCCUCAAUCCAAGUCUCUCACGGUGGAGGCAUAGCCAUAUACUGGGGCCAAAACGGCAACGAGGGAACCUUAGCCCAAACAUGUGCCACCGGAAAAUACUCAUUUGUAAACAUAGCCUUUCUCAACAAAUUUGGCAAUGGCCAAACCCCACAAAUCGACCUCGCGGGCCACUGCGUCCCGGCUCUGAAGACUUGCACCGUUGUCAGCGACGGCAUAAGAAGCUGCCAAAGCCGAGGAAUCAAGGUGAUGCUCUCCAUUGGAGGAGGCAUCGGAACCUAUUCUUUAUCAUCUACUGUAGAUGCAAAGAAUGUAGCGGAUUACUUGUGGAACAACUUCUUGGGUGGUAAGUCUUUCUCACGUCCCUUAGGUGAUGCCGUUUUGGAUGGCGUAGAUUUCGACAUAGAGCUUGGCUCCACGCGGUAUUGGGACGAUCUCGCUCGUUACUUGAAGGGGUAUAGCAAACUAGAAAGACCUGUUUACUUGACUGCAGCACCUCAGUGUCCAUUUCCAGAUAGGUUUCUUGGGAAUGCUCUUGAAACCGGGCUUUUCGACUAUGUUUGGGUUCAGUUCUAUAACAACCCUCAAUGCCAGUAUAGUUCAGGUGAUAUCAAUCGUCUUGUGAAUUCGUGGAACCGGUGGACUACGUCAAUAAGGGCAGGGAGGAUAUUUUUGGGGUUACCGGCGGCUCCCCAGGCGGCAGGAAGCGGGUACAUUCCGCCUAAGGUUCUGACUUCUGAAAUUCUUCCAGUGAUACAGAAGUCACCGAAGUAUGGAGGUGUGAUGCUGUGGUCUAAGUACUUUGAUGACAAGAAUGGAUAUAGUUUAGCCAUACUUCAAAGCGUUUAACUUUGUAGCUUCUAGUACCUGAAUGUCGCGGUUUGAACUACAGUUCAACCAUAUAUAUAUAUAUAUCUAUAAUAAAUCCUGCAAUAUAUGUAAGAGAAGCGGCAUUGGAACUGCAUGAUGGCAGUCAUAUUGGUCCUUCUAUCCUGAUGUUAGUUUUUGUUUAAACUAUCAUGAUGCUAGUUUGAAGGUGUCACUGGUUUUUCCUCAUUCACUGGUCUUCCGGUUAAUUUUG